AUGCCAGAGAACGGCGACGGUGUCUCCAGAGAAAAACCUGCGAUCCUGAAUACCAAGGUGGAGGUCACUACCGCGCAGCUGGGCACACAACCAAAGUUCGGUAUCGUGCAUCCAAGUGGCGAUGAUGGUGGCAAGGACCUCAAUCUCGACGAUGGCGACGAUAAUUCGCAUAUCUACCAUGAUAUUCUAAGCCUGUCCUGCAGCAGGCCCCAUUCUCAUGAAAAGCCUCAACAAGGCCGACGGUACCACCGUCGUGCAGGCUCAGUGCGCGAUCAGUCUUCCAAAACCAAAAGCGAGCUCUCGCGCAUAUAUGCGCUAAAAUUCCCGAUUUUUCGGAUACUCAUGGACUGUCGACGGCAAGGGAUGGCUGUAAUGACCGCAGCGAUGCUCAGGGAAGCGAUGAGAGAUAGCAUCAUCGAAGGCUGGAUUGUCGUGAUUGUGGAUGAGGUGGACAAAUAUUGGAAGACAACCAAGAUUCACGACCUCGGUAACAGUAUCUCCUGUCAUUGCGCACUUCCCAAGGUCGCGCCUUGUAGUGUGCCAAAAAUGUCCAUCUCCAGUAUCACCCGCAAACUCAUUGCUCGCACUGCGGAUACGAGUGAUGUAUGGACGAUAUCGUUCAACUUAAGCGUCAGCGUAAACUUCCCUGCUUUGAGCGGUCGUGCAGGGGCGUUCGUGGCGCUGACAGCUGCAUUGAGGGGUAGUUUCGGUGACAAUGAACGAUUUAGGCAGGCCGGAAACGCGAGUACUUCCUCUAUCUCUGGUCAUAUCACCCUCGAAUCUGCGGGGCUCAUCGCUCUCGCCGACCUCUCCGAUGUCGCAUUGAGGACGGCUCUGACAGGAACGGCCUCAUACCUUGACGUCCUCGUCCUUGCACCAGGCAUGCAUCAGCAGCAAUCCGCAGUCAAAAUCAAUGACGGCGAAUUGCCAGACACCGCCUCGAUGACAAAUGGAUACAUCUUCCGACUGGAGAAUCCUGCUACCGUCCACUACCUACGGCACAUUGGCCGUAUUGGCCAACUCGUCACCGCUCAUGUAUCUCCAAAACCUCCCUGCAGGUUGAAUCCAUUCACGAACCGUUUCUUCAAGAUCGACUUAUCCCCCCACAUCACCCCGGUCUUCGUCACCGGGAUUCACGCCACGCUGUUGUACCUAACCUGCCCGAUACUCACUAUCGUUGUCUCCGCACUUCUGGGCGCUAUCAGAGAUUGGUGGGCAUUUGGGGUUUUGGGAAUGCUUGUGUUGACUAGGUUUAUAAAUGUGGUCGUUAUCAAGCGGAGAAGCAAGGAGGGAUGGAAAGGCAAGAAAGAGCCGGGUGUCGAGGGCGAUAUCUUCAUACUUCUGAGUCAGGAUCGCUGGGUUCGUUUGCAAGGAUUAGUGGACGAUCUGAAGGCGGUGACGGCAGGCCAAUGGUUGCGGGGUGAGACUGCAGAAGAGGGAUUUUCCGUAGGGUUCGCUACGCUGUUGGUCUAUGCGUGCGCCGCGCUUGCGGGAAACGCAUCGACGGUGGGAAGCCUGCACAUCGCCUGCUUGUUGCUCUCCUCUCCUGCUCUAUGCCACUUUUCUUAA